CCGCGGCAGUCUCCGCGGCGUGCGCCCCCUUCCGCCUGACGCGUCCCCGGCGUCGGCCGCGCAGCCCUGGCUCCUCGCGGGCUCGGGCGGCGGCUGCGGCGGGGCUAUGGCGAGCGGCGGUGGCGGCGGUAAUACCGGCGCGGGAGGGGGCCCGGGGCUGGGCCUGAGCCUCGGCCUGGGCUUGGGGCUUAGCCUAGGCAUGGGUGAGGCCACCGGCGAGGCGGAGGAGGAGGCGGCCACUGCCGAGGCGGUGGGACGUCUGGCCACAACGCUGUGGCUGCGGCUACGCGGUUGGGAGGCGGUGCUGGUGGCGGCGCAGCGGCUACUGGUGUGGGAAAAGCCGCUGCACAGCCUCGUCACGGCGGCUGCGCUCAACGGCCUCUUCUGGUUGCUCUCUUCGUCGUCCCUUCGGCCCUUCUUCCUACUCAGCAUCUCACUUUUGGCCUAUCUUCUCCUGGAUCUCUGGCAGCCUCGCUUUCUCCCUGAGGUCUCAGCAUCAUCACCAGAGGAGCCACACUCUGACAGUGAGGGUGCAGGGUCAGGCGCCCGGCCACACCUGCUGAGCGUGCCCGAGUUAUGCAGAUACCUGGCUGAGAGCUGGCUCACCUUCCAGAUUCACCUGCAAGAGCUGCUGCAGUAUAAGAGGCAGAAUCCAGCUCAGUUCUGUGCUCGAGUCUGCUCUGGCUGUGCCAUGCUGGCAGUGUUGGGACACUACGUUCCAGGGAUUAUGAUUUCCUACAUUGUCUUGCUGAGUAUCCUGCUUUGGCCCUUGGUGGUUUAUCAUGAGCUGAUCCAGCGGAUGUACACACGCCUUGAGCCCCUGCUCAUGCAGCUGGACUACAGCAUGAAGGCGGAACCCGAUGCCCUGCACCACAAACACGACAAGAAGAAGCGGCAGGGGAAGAACGUACCCCCAGGAGGGGAUGAGCCACUGGCAGAGACAGAGAGUGAAAGCGAGGCAGAACUGGCUGGCUUCUCCCCAGUGGUGGAUGUGAAGAAAACAGCACUGGCCUUGGCCAUUACAGACUCAGAGCUGUCAGAUGAGGAAGCUUCUAUAUUGGAGAGUGGCGGCUUCUCUGUAUCUCGGGCCACUACUCCACAACUGACAGAUGUAUCUGAGGAUUUGGACCAGCAGAGCCUGCCAAGUGAGCCGGAAGAAGCCCUGAGCAGGGAGAUGGGGGAGGGAGAGGAAGCAGAGCUGGCCCCACCCGAAGACCUGCUGGGCCCCCGUCAGGCCCUCUCAAGGCAAGCCCUGGACUCAGAGGAGGAGGAAGAUGUGGCAGCCAAGGAAACCUUGCUUCGGCUCUCAUCCCCCCUGCACUUUGUGAACACACACUUCAAUGGGGCAGGGUCCUCCACAGAUGGAGUGAAGUGCUCCCCUGGGGGACCGGUGGAGACACUGAGCCCGGAGACAGUGAGUGGUGACCUCACCACUCUGCUCAGCACCCUGUCUCCCCCACGUUGCCUUGCUGAAAGUGACCCAGUCCCCUCCCCCUCAGUACUCCCACCUCUUCCCCAGGACUCACCCCAGCCCCUGCCUGCCCCUGAGGAAGAAGAGGCACUCACCACUGAGGACUUUGAGUUGCUGGAUCAAGGGGAGCUGGAGCAGCUGAAUGCAGAGCUUGGCUUGGGGCCAGAGACACUCCCAAAGCCCCCUGAUGCUCCACCUCCUCCACCCCUGGGGCCUGACACCGUGUCUCUGGCACAGUCAGACCAAGAAGCUCAGGCCAUGGCAGCGCCAUGAGCCAUGGGAGAGGGAGCUGCAGGCACAGUAGGGUUUCCUGGCUAGCAGUGUCGUUGUUUUCCUCGUUUCCCUCCUGCCUGGGGAGGGGCACUGGGUGGGAAAGCUGGCUAUGGGAUAGCAGCCAGUUGACCCACUCCCUGCCUGCCUGCCUGCUUGCCUGCUGUCCCAGGCCUGGUACAGGACCUGUGCCUGGGAUCGGUUUUAAGUCUGUAAAUAAUUUUACAUUUGGGUUAGUGGAUGCGAACAGGCCUGAGGAAGUCCUUCCUGCAGCCUGCACUCGCCUCCCUGUCUCAUCUUUAUUCUCAUUCCACUCUGCCCCAAGCCCUGGUGGUCUACCCCUUUUUUCCUCCUAUCCUCAGGGACCUGUGCUGCUCUGCCCUCAUGUCCCACUUGAUUGUUUAGCUCAGGCACUUUAUCAUUUUUCUCUCCUGUCCCUUUCUGCUUUAUUUCCUUGCUGUGUGCUCUCCUUAGCACUUCAACCCCCACAUUUUCCCAGCUUCUCCCAGCAGGAACUGGCUAAGCUUUAGGGAGGUUCCUGGUCUGGGAGAUAAGAGACUAAACCUGGGGUGGCAGAUCAGGCAGUAGUUAGGCACCUAGACCACUACCCAUUGUAACCCCCAUUGCACUUUCACACUAGUUUAUCCUGGCUUUUAAUGAUACAGGAGGAGAGCAGGGAUCCCACAGUACAUCCACCAGCACUGGGGUUGGUGAGCGUGAGUUCUGUCUUGUUAGGAUGAGGUGUCUCCUUACUGCCCUAGGGAGGAAUGAGGAGACCUGCUUUUUUGGGCCGUGGGUGGUCUAAGUGUGGUGGGACCCCCUACUGGGGUCAGGAAAGUGAACAGUAACAUCUGUGCAGGUGUUGAUCGGAAAAAUAAAAUGUUAAUUGGCUAGAACUGCUGCUACUUGCCUGCCUCACCGUGAACUGUCUCCCACACUGUGCUUGGCCCCCUCCUCACCCCUUACCCCUUGUCUCAAGUUUUGCUCCUAGCUGUUUGUUUUCCUUGGUACAAAACAAGGCCAGAAACAAGGAUUACCCAACAGCCCUCACUUCCUCUUAGCCAUCUUCCCUGACAGCGUGGUAUGUUUAGUGAGAUUUAGCAUGUGUGAAUAAAGUAUACACCGGAGGAAA